AUGGCUAUGGAUUCUCUCAAGAACCUAGUCAACAACGUCCCAGACUGGCUACAGCGACUUGAUGAUUUCAGUGGCCAGAAGGACCGGCGCCAGGCUCAGCUGGCCGCUGUUGCUGCCGCUGAAGGAAAGAGUGCGGAGAGGAAGUCCCUUCGCAACAAAGGCUCGACCGAAUCCCUUAAUCCCAAAGAUCACCCUCCCGUGGUCCAUGCCGAGCCUCCCGCGAACGAAGACAUUCUCGAUGCUGCUACCCCCGAAAACAAAAUACAAACACCGGUUAAUGCCGAAGCCCUUGUGGAGGAUGGUUGGGAUACCGUCACGUUAGUUGAUACGGAUGAGGUCCAAGUUGUCUGUUACUCGCCGCACGAAAACGUCGAGCUUCAUGACGCCACCGAAAACACAGCGAACACAUCAGAAGAGCUCGAAGUUCCUCAAUUACAUCCACCCCAUCCGAGCUGCAUUAACAACCAAAUAAAUACCGCAACGAAGAGACACCUUCGGGGCGAAUAUGAUGACGGCGAAAGGACAAGAGGGGGCAGAUCAGCGAAAGUUGAAGAUGUCCCUCCUUCGUACGCGGAGGUCGUGUGCGAAUGUGCUGCUGCCGAGAGUAAAAGGCAAACGCCCGUUAACAUCGAAGACCACGGGGUACACACAAAAAGCUCCGGCCCCAGUCGCCAGCAACAAAAGACUAUCAAGGUCGCGCAAGCCAAGGCAGGACCUCAGGUUAGGAAGACGCCAAAGUCGCCAUCCAUGAUGUCCAACGAAGAUGCUCCAGUCGCCUGCCAGACUCGAGAUAAGAUCAUUGUCUACUACGAUAGCUAUGUACUAAGCUUCUUUGACGACCUUGUGAGGUUCGCUUCGUCGAGUCAAGACCUCAUACGCAAGGCCAAGUUGGCCGCACGAAUCGCCCACUGCAAGAGACUCGCCGAGCAGGACGUGCCGGAGGAUGGAAAUAAUGACGACGCACUCCCUUCACUACGAUAUAUGAGCAGCAGACGAUUCGGACCCAUGUCGAUGCCGCUCCACGGCACUAAGAAUCGACGAUCUGACGCGUACGAUAAGCUUGAUAAGGGUCUCGAAUUCGUGCAGAGCAUGUGCGAGAAUGGUGCUUAUCAGUUCCUCUGCGAUGGCGACUGCAAUGAUGAGAUCAGCAAGGUGCAGAAGCGACUCACCGAAGUCCUCGAGAUGGCCAAGACGGAGAUGGAGCGCCUUGAGUGUGAAGAGCCGGAGCUGGCCAAGGAACGCCACGAUAUGAUCGCUGGCCUGCAGGAAGACAGCCCAACAACUACAAAGCAGGAUGGCAAGCUUGAGACUAUGGAUCAGAUGGAAACAAUAGAAGUCGAUCCGAAAUACGUAGGCCCAAAUAUCAACGAAACCGAUGAGGGCAUCUGCAUGGAGUUGGAGCUCCCCUAA